CCGGAAGUAUUAAAUAUGAUGUGUAGAAGCUAGCUUCCGCGAGUGGAGUGCCGCUUGCUGAAUUGUGUAUUACGAGUGUGUAACAUUCCCAGUUUUUGAUAACACAUCUACAGUCAUCGUCUGUCCUGUUAUAGACACGUGAUCAAUGACGGCUUUGAUCAACCAUGGCUGUCGUGUCAUGGAAGGAGAUUUUACUUUUAACUGGACUGGUGGUGGGAUGUUAUUGGAACAGUCUGUCGUGUGGCUUCGUGUUUGAUGAUGUCUCAGCAAUCCUUGACAACAAGGACCUACGUCCCUCAACACCUCUCCACAACCUGUUCCUCAAUGACUUCUGGGGAACACCCAUGGCCGAGGAACGGAGCCAUAAAUCAUACAGACCCUUGACUGUGCUCACCUUCCGAAUGAACUACCUCUUCAGUGAGCUGAGCGCAGCUUCCUACCAUCUUCUCAAUGUUGUUUUACACGCCAUAGUAUGCGUGCUUUUCCUGCGAGUGUGCCGAUUAUUCCUGGACAAGACUUCCAGCUUGGUGGCAGCAUUGCUGUUCGCUGUGCAUCCCAUCCACACUGAAGCUGUCACAGGUGUGGUUGGCAGAGCUGAACUUCUUUCUUCAAUCUUUCUGUUGGCUGCUUUCCUGGCCUACACAAAAUCAACAGGUGCAGACCACUCCAUUGUUUGGGCUCCCAUUGCUCUGACCGUUGUUCUAGUGGCUGCAGCGACACUGUGCAAAGAGCAGGGAAUCACAGUCGUCGGCAUCUGCUGUGUCCAUGAAGUGUUUGUUGCUCAAGGGUUUACUUUACCCAUGCUGUUGGACACACUGCGACAAAUCCUGCAGGGAAAAGACGGUUUCCCCUAUGCAGUCUUACAAACUCUGCUGAAGCUCAUUGUACUCGUUAUCAGUACUCUGUUGCUCGUCAUCAUUAGGGUCCAAGUCAUCCAGUCCCAGCUUCCUGUCUUCACCAGAUUUGAUAACCCAGCAGCCGUCAGCCCCACUCCCACUAGACAACUGACUUUCAACUACCUUCUUCCUGUGAAUGCAUGGCUUCUGCUGAAUCCCUCUGAGCUCUGCUGUGACUGGACCAUGGGCACCAUCCCCCUGGUGGAGUCACUGUUUGACCUCCGUAACCUGGCCACCCUGGUGUUCUACACUUUUCUGGGCCUGUUAACUUACCACAGCCUGCGCUAUAGACACAGCUCUGCCAAGACUGUCAUCAUGGCCCUUUCUCUGAUCGUCCUGCCUUUUAUCCCUGCAUCCAACCUCUUCUUCCCUGUGGGUUUUGUUGUGGCAGAGAGAGUGCUUUAUGUACCCAGCAUGGGCUUCUGUGUUCUUGUUGCACAUGGAUUCAAGAUUGUCUCAAAUAAAGGACAUUUGAAGAAGAUUUCCUGGUUGAUAAUUGGCAUUCUUUUAACUACGCAUGCAGUGAAAACCUUCAACAGGAAUUGGGACUGGCAGUCAGAAUACACUUUAUUUACCUCCGCCCUAAAGGUCAACAAGAACAAUGCCAAGUUGUGGAAUAAUGUUGGUCACGCUCUGGAAAACCAAAACAAUUAUGCAAAGGCACUGCGGUAUUUUCUCCAGGCAACACGCGUCCAACCAGAUGACAUUGGAGCUCAUAUGAAUGUUGGAAGAACCUACAAGAACCUGAACAAAUCCAAAGAGGCAGAAGAUGCCUACUUGGUCGCCAAAUCUCUUAUGCCCCAGGUAAUUCCUGGUAAGAAAUAUGCAACGCGCGUGGCUCCAAACCAUCUCAACGUUUACAUAAACCUGGCCAAUCUAAUCCGUGCCAAUGAGUCAAGGCUGGAGGAGGCAGAUCAACUCUACAGACAAGCAAUCAGCAUGAGACCAGACUUCAAACAAGCCUACAUUAGCAGAGGGGAGCUGCUGCUGAAGAUGAACAAGCUCACAGAAGCCCGGGACGCCUACCUCCGAGCCCUGGAGCUUGACCGCACUAACGCUGAUCUGUGGUACAACUUGGCCAUUGUGAACAUUGAGAUGAAGGACCCAUCAGAAGCCCUGAAAAACUUCAACCACGCGCUGGAGCUCAAUCCACGGCACAAACUGGCACUCUUCAACUCAGCGCUUCUCAUGCAGGAGUCUGGUGAGCCAAAGUUCUGGCCUGAGGCCAACCGUCGUUUCCUGACCUAUGUGGAGGAGGAGCCUGAAGACGCCAAUGGCUACUUCAACCUCGGCAUGCUGGCCAUGGACGCCAAUGAAAAUGCAGCAGCUGAGCGGUGGAUGCGUAAAGCCAUUGGUUUGCAAGCUGGCUUCCGCAGUGCCUUGUUUAACCUGGCUUUGCUUUACUCUCAGUCCAAACGUGAGACGGAUGCGCUGCCUGUGCUGGAUGAGUUGCUGCGCCACCACCCAGAGCACAUCAAGGGCCUAAUCCUGAAGGGCGACAUCCUCAUGAACCACAAGAAGGACACGCGUGGUGCUAAAGCCUGCUUUGAGCGCAUUCUGCAAAUGGACCCUACCAAUGUGCAAGGCAAACACAACUUGUGUGUGGUCUACUUUGAGGAGCAUGACCUGCCGCGGGCCGAGCGCUGCCUGGAGGAAACGCUGGCCAUGGCACCAAACGAGGAGUAUGUGCGUCGUCACUUGAGUAUUGUACGAGGGAAAAUGGCAGCCAUGAGCGCUGCAGGGCAACCUCUCACUUCAGCAGAGGGAGCCACCAUGUCAGCUAAGGAGGAAAAGCUGAAGAGAGUUAAUGAGGGGGCAGAGGAAUUUGCAGAGGGUGUGGAGGAAGGGAGGGGUGCUGAUGCUGUUGGAAGGCAAGCUGGGGAUGAGAAGAAUGUAAGGAAAUCCUCUGCAGAGAGCCUUGGAGGUGUAGGCGUGGACCAAUCAGAGUCUUUGGACAGCAGCCUGUCUGACAAGCGGACUAAGGGUAAGUCCACUAAAGAGAUUAAAGAUAUAGAGGAAAAAAGGGCAGCUGCCUUGAAGAGACUAGAGGAGAUUGAGCGCAUAUUAAGUGGUGAUUGACAUUGUUGUAAUUUAUAGCUGGACUACUUUUAUAGAGCUCUUUAAGGCUCCAGAAUAAGACUGCAUUUCCACCCUUAGAAAUGUGUAAUAUUGAUCAAUUGUCAUUUUAUUCCCUUGCUCUAUUCACAUAUGCAGGCUGCUCUGCAUGGUCCUGAAGUCCCAACACUAAUCAUGAAAAGAAGGGAAGUGUUGAUUUGAGCUCUUGUAACAAUAAGCACAAAGCCAAUUUGGGAUAAUCUAUUUAAAGCAUAUAUGGCAGAUGUAGAUGCCGAUGUGUGUGCUUCAUCAUGAAUGUGACUUCACAUAUCAAAGAUCUGCAGCCGUUAUAAAUAUUGUUUUGUUUCUCCAUGUGUAGUCAUUGUUUAUCACUGGAUAUCUUGUUUGUUUUUUUUUUUGUUUUUUUUCCAACAAGAUGUGACUCACUUCUGUGUGUUAUUGUUUUUAAAAACAGAAUGAUUGUAUCAUGUACAAUUAGGGGAAAUAACACAAUUUCCUCAAGGCAGGAUGAUAUCUGCAGUUUGCGCCUCAAAAUAAACCAACCACCCUGAGAGCAGAAUAACCCUGCACUCCACAUAAACACAAGGCUUCUGCUCCAGUGCAGCACCAUCUGCUAAUCUUUAUUGAUCUCACUCAGCACUUCCUGCAACUACAUCUUCGGCCAUGGUGCUCACAGUUGCCCUCACCUCGAAAUUACAUUGUGAUCCCAUCUGAAGACUAUUAUCUCACUCCCUUUGUCGCAUUACCCCCACGCACCUCCACGUCUGCCUCCCAUCCUUCAGACACUACAACCCCAUUAGACAUGAACGUUUUUCCUGCUCUUCUAGGUAAACUACCCCAUACCCAACGUUGUGGCCAAGGCAACACCCAUUUUAUGUGAUGUCAAGAAUGACGCACACUACUCGUCACUGUCAGACUUUAUCAUGUGUUCCUCAUUUUCCAAAGUUCCUUCCACUUCACAGCGCAUUUGCAGAAAACGGCUCCCCUUCAUCAUACUCCACACUCAUUAUAUUGUUUUAGCUUACUGGUACUAAAUUAGGAUGUGAUGACUGUUAGGAUGUUUUGCAUUUUUAAGUUGUUCUAGUGGCCCUUUCUUUUCACUUUGAUCACUUACAAGCUACAAUCAAUGAAUCAAAACUAUUCUGCACCCCUCUGUACCUACCAACAUUUAAACAUGCUAUGGUUGAGUACACAAAACAAAACUUGUAAAGAAAUGAGAAAAAAUUCUCCUGCUCCCCCUUCCUUGGUUCUUUCCAAUCUAUCUCUACCAACACUACACAACCCAGCAUCUGAUUGGCUGCUUUCCAGGAAGUCUAGUGAUUUAAACAUUUGUCCACUCUUGAAGAGCUAAUAUGCUGAUAGCUGAUCAUCAAAAACACUUGUUACUACACAAACGGUCACCAGCGUAGCCUCAAUGUCAGCCAAACUUAAUGUGUGCAGACCUGUGAGGCAGGUUAGCAGUGCUGCAUUCUUCAUGUUCAUUACAAAGCAAAUUCAGCACAACUCUCGGAAAUAUUCUUUUGAGCUGAUGUUAAUGUCUUCACGGCUCCUGUGGUGUACCUGUUUUUGCUUCAUGGUGCAAUAAUCCGUUUCAGUACAAUGGCUCUGCUCAGUGCAAUUCUUGGUUGUGGGAGAAGACUGCUUACUGGAAGUUGGGAGCACUGUGGUGGUACGAAGUAGCCUUGCUAUGCAUUGACCUUGUUUAUUCAUGAAAUUCUGUGUACAUAUAUUUACAGUGUACUUGUAUCCAGUGUUAUUUAUUUUUUUUUAUGCACUACAAAUGCUGUAGACAUUUUUGUUUGCUACUCACAGUAUGAUUUUAAUUCGUGGUGCAUUGUUUUGUCUACUGAUUCACAGUCUGUGUACUGUCAUCAGCGUGUAAAUCGUGUCAUAGAUGUUUUUCACAGCACCCACGUCAGUCUUGAACAUGUAUGAAAUAUUCAAUCAACUGUCAGCCCCAAAAAACAGGUACAGCUUUGAAUGAGAAACGAAUGAAAAAGCAUCCAUUUUUCAGUAUUUUCUGUUUCUCUUCAUUUUGCUGAAUGACUGAUUUUUGUACGAUUUUUUUUUAAUGCAAUAACCCUUGGUGGUGGGGGGUCUAGGUUAUUAAAAUAAAGUGAGAUGAAAACUCA